GUUAGCUAACGUUAACAUGCUGUGAAAGGGCUCCUUCUCACGAAACUCGGACUCAUUUGCCCCAGCAGAGGCAUCACUUUUUCACUUUCCUGACUUUGUGAUUUUGUGAAGAAUUUCAAUAAAGACUGCAUCACGGAUAAAGGAAAGUUUAGCUCACUGUCUAGCUGGGUUCCCACACCUUAGUGAGGACAGUACAGUGAAAAAGUGUGAUUCAGCUGGAACGCAACAUCUCAAGUAGCAAAAAGGAAAAUCUAACAAGGAAAAUGGCAGAAAGAAUGAGUGAGAAGGCUGAGAAUGUAUCACACAAGUCAAGGACCUCUCGCUUAUCUUCAUCCAGCGCCGCAGUCAAGCUGCAAAGGUACGGGCUGAGUUUGCAGUGAAAGAAGCAAGGCUUAAAGUUGAAAAGGCUGAAAAAGAGGCAGAGCUACAGUUGGGAAAGGCAAAGCUGGAAGCUGAAUUAAGCACACUUGAACAACAAAAAGAGGCAGCCGCAGCUGAAGCACAAGCUGAAGCAUUAGAAGCGGCUGAAUAUCGAGAGAAUUCAGUUAAGUCUGGUUCAUCUUCACAUGAGGUCCUCCAAGAGGAAAUUGUAACACGCACAAAAGAGUAUGUUGCAGCACAAACUGAACUGCACCGAGCAAGCAUUCCAGUGUCCCACCCUGACCCAGCACAUGAUGCAGCAAUGUCUGAAGGGAGUUACAUUACAUGGCAUCCUUUGUCAGCGAUAGGCCCGAACGAGGAUGAUGUACACGAACAGGGCGAGGCCCCUAGCAGACCACCUGGCCACAGCAAGCCAUUGAGUCAGAGUGCGCCUCAUACUGGAAACCAAACAAUUCCAAAUCAAGAUAGUGGACGCCCCGAAGUGCCCAAGAAAGCGCAUUUCCCUCAGAAACCAGCACUUAACGCAAUGACGCCGCCAUAUUUUCCCAGUUAUGUCCCACCAACCUCACGCGUGGCACCUGAAACAGAACACCUGGCACGCUACCUGGCUCGCCGCGAUCUAGUGAGUACCAGCCUCUACCAAUUCGAUGACAAACCCGAAAAUUACAUGGCGUGGCAGUCAUCAUUCGAUAAUGCCACUGCAGGCCUGGGGCUCACAUACACUGAAUCAUUGGAUCUGCUCAUUAAGUGGCUUGGGCCAGAGUCUGUCAAGCACAUUAAACGCAUACGCUCUGUGCAUGUAAGGCACCCAGAUGUAGCACUACAAAAGGCCUGGGAGCGCCUCCAGCAAUGUUAUGCUGCGCCUGAAGUCAUGGAGAAGUCUCUGUUUAAACGACUGGACGAAUUCCCAAAAAUGUCUACAAAAGAUUACGAGAAACUGAGAGACCUAGGUGAUCUCCUAAUGGAACUGCAAGGUGCUAGAGAAGAAGGUUACCUCACAGGACUGGCAUACUUGGAUACAGCCAGGGGAAUAGGGCCCAUCGUUGAAAAACUCCCCUAUGGGCUUCAGGAGAAAUGGCUCGCAAUUGGAUCAAAGUUUAAAGAAAAGAACAAAGGCUAUUUCCCUCCAUUUGAUGUCUUUUCUGAUUUAAUCUGUCACGAAGCACGAAGAAGGAACGAUCCCAGCUUCGUCCUACCAUCUAGCAACAGCACCAGCUGGAAAUCAGACAAAACAACUUCACGCAACUUUGGAAGCAAGAUAUCCGUUCAGAAGACAGGGGUUUCUUCAGGUAAAGAUCCGCCUACAGAUAUACCUGAGAAAAAAGCUGAAGGGCCAGAGAAAAAUUGCCCCAUUCACAACAAACCACACGCGCUGUGGAAAUGCAGAACAUUCAGAGGAAAGCUGCUUGAGGAGAGGAAGAGCAUUCUCAAAGACAAUGGGAUGUGUUUCAAAUGCUGCAUGUCCUCUAGUCAUCUCGCUAGAGACUGUAAGACAAUUCUGAAGUGCGCAGAGUGUGGCAGUGACCGUCACCAUGCCAGAGGCAUCACUUGUAUGUAUUCCUUUCUUAAUGUUGUUAAACUUUGUUGUAAUUUAUAAUUUCAUAGUUUAUGUCGAAUUGAUGUUGUUAAAAAGCAGUUAUAAAAGUAAAUGGUUUAAAAACGAUUUUUUGAAGAUGUUAGCUAAAUGUUAGCUACAGGUCAGUUUAGGCACUGCAGUCAACAGUGAAUGUGAAGGUCAUUAGCUUAGCUUGUCUAGUUGAUGUAUGUUAACUUUCCAACCAAGUAGAACCUAAUUAUAUUUCUCAUUGUUUUAUUUUUAGUUUCACUUUCCUGACUUUGUGAUUUUGUGAAGAAUUUCAAUAAAGACUGCAUCACGGAUAAAGGAAAGUUUAGCUCACUGUCUAGCUGGGUUCCCACACCUUAGUGAGGACAGUACAAAUGCAUAAUUGGCACUUGGGAAUUUACUGUGUAUACUUGAGUUCAUUAUUUCCAUGUAAUACUUUUAACACUUUAUUUAUAGGAAGAAUUGUAUCUUUUUACUCUACUUCGUUAAUUUGAUCCAUGUAACUUGUUUCCAGGUAUAAUGUUACGUUUAAAAACACAUGAUAAACCUGACAUAAUUGUUUGCACUAUUUAAAGGAUAUAAUGAAAAGGAAGCAGUGGGGUUUAUUACUGGCACAGAUUUAUAUGGA